AUGGCGUACUUUAUCGAUGGAAAGGACUGUAUGAUCUCGGAAUGGAUUCUGCUGGCUAUUGCUUAUGUUUUUGUCGGACUUCGUGUCUACGCCCGUCUCUUCCGUGCUCGUGAGAAGCUGGCAUGGUCCGAUAUUCUUCUGAUCAUCUCGGCAUUCAACGCCUUGGCCCUGAUUAUCUGUGAUACGUUGACGUUCCAGAUGGGCGUCCUGGACAAUUAUGAGGUGUCGGUCAAGCUUUCCAAGAUCUCCUUUGCCUCCAACUACUUUUACGAUGUAGGCAUGGGCUUCCCCAAGAUGAGCAUGUUGGCGUUCUACUGGGCAUACUUCCUCCCCUCUACGGGCAUGAGCUCCGUCAUGCGCAAGUCGCUGUACGGUAUUACCGCCUUUGUCUGCAUCUCAUACAUCGUUAUCCUCUGGGACGAUACUUUCUUCUGCGGCAAGGACGUUUCUGUUCAGUGGUCCAUGGAGGAAGGCGCCUGCAGUGUCUUUUAUGCGCCUGAGCCAUUCAUUCUCAACUUCACUCUCAACUUGGCUUGCUACCUUGCUGUCUACGCUCUUCCUCUUAUUCUGCUUCUCCAAGGUGUCCUCCACCACUCCAAGGGUGUCACUCUUACGUUUGUCCUUGGAGCCUUGACUAUCUGCACCACCAUGGUCCGAUUCAUCUGUCUCAAGGUCGGCACCGGACAAGAGAACCUCGUUUAUCCUCUUAGUAUGCUCGAAAUGGCCCUUGCUAUCAUUGUCGUAUCGCUACCUGGCUUGAAGCCACUUGUGGACCGUGCCCCCAAGCACCAGAGUUCCAGCGAGAUUGUCGAGAUGAAGAAUUAG